UUCCUCUGGACAUCGGUCAAAUAUCUGGUAACACUGAUUCCAGCAGCGGCUGUCAGCUGUGUCUAGAGAUAGCCGCAGGUGGGUCGAGCUGGAUUUUUGGCAGUUUAUUUAAAUAAUUUGCGCAGCUAAGAUGUUUAUAAAACCGUUUAAAGUUAAGUCGAAUAAUCAAUUAAAGGGAACGGAAAGGAAAAAAUUAUGUCAAGAAAUUUUGGCAGCAUAUCCGAUGCUCACGGAGGAAGAAACCCAGCUAUUGAUUCCCAAAAAGGAGGCGAUAAGCGUCAUGAAAGUCAUAACUUACGGUGGACAAUUAGCGAAAGUUUACUGUGUUGCCAAAAUACCUAUGUUUUUUCAAAUUGACUCUUUGCAUCAAACACUAUUGCCAACUAUAUAUACGUUAUGGCAUCAUCAAAAUUUGUUGAGAGUUUUUACAACGGGUCUUCCGGUUGUACCUAAACUAGCGAGCGGCGCAGACUUGAUGUUGCCUGGAGUGAUAAUGAAAGAACCUAUAACGUUAUACUCUUUUGGCAAAUUACAGAAAGGUACUCCCGUUUCAGUAGAUACAGAAGAUAAUAAGGCAUCCGUUGCUGUUGGUAUUACCGCACGUUCUAGCGAGGACAUGUAUAUGUCGGGGGGCCACGGAAAAUGCGUCGAAAUUUUACACGUAAUAGGCGAUACGCUUUGCCAACUAGGAAAGCCACCUAUCAGACCAAAUCUAGGGCCCCUGAAUCUCGACGUGGAUAAUGAAAAAUUAGAAAAUAUAGAUCUAAUCAAUGAAAACAGUGACCAGCCUCUCGUGGAAGCAACAAGCAAUUUAGAAAUUUGUAACGAUAACAUUUUAGAAACUGAAUUUCUCACCGAGGUAAUUUGCGAUAUCAUUCGCAGAAAUGGGGUCGACCGGUCGAUGCUAAAGAAUCGUUAAUAUUGUUCUUGACAGGAAAAUGCGGAGGAAACCAGGACAGAAGAAUCCGAGGAGGUGGAGAAUGUAAUUAUGGAACAGUCUGAAGCAGUUGUAGAUCCUGUGCAAGAAAUGGAUAACUUGUUAGAGUAUUGCUUUCUAAAAGCGUGCAAAAAGUCUGUGAAAUCUAACGAUUUACCAAUGUUAGUGUCCAAUUUCUCGAAGAAUCAUUUAUUGGCGGCAUGUCCACCCGAUAGAAAUAUAGAUAUAAAAAAGUCACGAUAUAAAAAGCUGUCCGUGUUCUUAGCUGAAAUGAAAGCAAAGGGUGUAAUUAAUACUUCCGUCAUAAAAGGAGUAGAAAGCAUAUUGUCUAUUAAGUUUGAUCAUCCCCUUUUAAAGAAGUUGGUCGUUUUAGAAGAACCAGCACCACCCUCGGAUCCAGUAGUUUCAAACACGGCAGUGGUCUCCGAGUGUUACAGAGUGACAGCAGACGUUCUGCCGGUGUUAUCUAAAUUCAGAUACGAAAAAGGGGACGUAAUGAAAAGAGCUGAGAUCAGAAAAUGUUUUACUGAAUACGUGAAAGCGGAGAAUCUACAGGAGGGAAAGAUAUUGAGAUUAAACCCACAACUCGCAGGUAUCAUGAAGACCAAAGUGAAUCAAGAGACUAUAACAAUGGAGGACGGAAUAAAUAAGUUUAUCGGACGUAUGACGCACAUGCACGAGGUUACGUUAGCCGGAAAUAAGCUGUUGCACACCGGGAAACUCGAACCUAUCGAUAUGAGGGUCACCGUUCGAUCUGGCGGGAAAAAGGUAACGCUGGUAAAUAAUUUGGAAACUUUCGGUAUAAAUUCGAAGGAGUUCAGCAAGGAAUGCCAAAGUAUCGGUGCAAGUGCAACGAUCACGGACGAACCUGGAAAGAAAACUCCAAGCGUCCUUGUACAAGGAAACCAGAUUUUAUACGUGUAUAAAUUACUCACCGAAAAAUACCAAAUUAAAAAGACUUACAUAAGGGGUUUAGAAUUUGCACCGAAGAAGCAAGGCUCUCAGAAAAGAUAAAGUGGCUUUCAAACGGAAAUGGAAAAUAAAAUUUUGCCCGAGAUCGAGAGCUAUUCUUUCUCGAUUCCGAUUUAGUAUAAAAUGAACGAGGAUUCAAGAGCAUUCUAUGCAAUUAAGGGAUCUCCGUUGUAAAGGCUGUAUCUGCUAAAUAAAACAAAAUACGAAGACAUUAUUUCUUUCUUUUUUGGACAAUGCGAACGGAAUGUAUGAGAUUGUA